CCCGCCCCCAUCCCCAUCCCCACCGGCCACCGCUUCCCCCCCUCACUCCCUCCCCGGCGACGGCGACGAGCACCGCGGACCCUCGCCCUCCCUCCCUCCGCCGGAGCGGCGAUCAGCCGGCUUCCUUAGGCUUGUGGGGUUUCUUGUUGCAAAUGAAGGUGGAAGAUUGCUGCCACUCAUCUCCAGGGUAUACUUUAUAGAUCACACAUGGAGACGGUUGAUGCUGUUGAUGGAUACAAGUUUGCUGACGAGUCUACGAGCGAUGUCCGUGUUUGCUUUACAAGGACCGGCGGGCGCGGCGAGCAGCCAGAACGGUUUCCCUGCCACUCGUCCGUCCUCUCCGCCAGGAGCAAGUAUUUCGCGGACUUGCUGGGUCAAAGCGAUGCUCGUUCUGGUGGUAGCAAUAACAACUGCAUUCAAGUCCAGUGCCCGAGGGCUGAGUAUGACCAUUAUGUCAAGUUGUUGAAGUUUAUGUAUCUUUCGAGAGAAUCGAUUGAGGACGCAAUCACCUCCGUUAAGUCGGCUCUUGGCGUUCUUCGAGCAGCGAUCUCUCUCAAAUCCGAGUUCGUCGCCGAAACCUGCAUCGGGUAUCUUGAAUCUGCUUCCUGGGACGAAAAGGAGGAGGAAGAGAUUUUACAGUUUGCUCAGACCCUGGCCCCAGAAGCUGCUGCACCUUUGUUAGCCCGUUUGCAAGCUCCCAGUGCGAACGCUGUCAAGACUGUUUUCAUCUCCGCUGUGCGCUUCGCUACGUCCAUGGAGACUUCAGCUGCUCCUUUAUUCGAUGACCUCAAGACUGCUGCUCAAGAGCAGAUUGACUUCAUGCUCCAUGAUGGUGAUGACCCUGCAAUUGUUAUGAUGGAUGAAGAUGUUAGGUCUGUCCUGAGGGAAGGUUUGACAAAGCUGUUCUCAACACUUAGGACUGGACUGGAUCUCUUGGCCUCAGAGUUUGAUAAAUUGCCUGAACAAGCAGAGCAAAGGAUUGUGCGCAGCUUAGUUGACAUUGACUGGAUAACCACCGUCUUGUCAAAGAUUGAGCUGAUGAACGAGUUUGUUUCUGGCUGGUUAGAAAUCUCAGACCAUGUUGUCUCGGUGGUUCAGGACGAGAAGUAUAGCUCAGGUCUGUGGACUGUGAAGACGAAGCUUAUAGAAGUGACUGGAAAGGCCUUGGAUGCUGUUGGCUAUGGCUCUGUGAUUCUCCCGUCAACAUCCAGAACGCAUCUUGUGAAGACAUGGCUCCCGUACAUCCGGACGACAAAGCGCUUCCUUGAUGCCAAGGCGAAAGACGAGGCAUUUCCUCAGAUGGACGCGGGCUUGUGCCAGAACAUCGAGAGCGCAAUUGUUUCAUUGAUUUUAGCAUUGCCUUCAGGUGACCAGUCGGAUAUCCUGUCGGACUGGAUGCAGAAAGCAGACAAGUUCAGAUACCCUGACCUCACCGAGGCGUUUGAGAUGUGGUGUUACCGCAGCAAAACAGCAAUCAGGCGGCUGAAUGGGGCGACAGAUAAGGGUUGCAACCCUAUCAGCUUGUAAGGCUUGCCAUUGUUUUAAUUGUAGACUGUAAGAGUGAUACUAGCCGGUUAUACCAACCAAAUUCUCAUUGUUGGAUGUUGUUGUUGUGGAUGUUGUAAAACCAUCACCCAUGUUCUAUACAGUUCAGUUCUUCUGCAGUA